AUGGUCAACUCCUGUUGUGGCUCCGUCUGCUCUGAGCAGGGCUGUGGCCAGGAGAGCUGCUGCCAGCCCAGCUGCUGCAGGCCCACCUGCUGCCGCCCCAGCUGCUGUGUGUCCACCUGCUGCAGGCCCCAGUGCUGCCAGCCCAGCUGCUGCCAGUCCAGCUGCUGCAGGCCCCAGUGCUGCCAGCCCAGCUGCUGCCAGCCCAUCUGCUGCAGGCCCACCUGCUGCAUCUCUACCUGCUGCAGGCCCCAGUGCUGCCGCCCCAGCUGCUGCCAGUCCAGCUGCUGCAGGCCCCAGUGCUGCCAGCCCAUCUGUUGCAGGCCUACCUGCUGCAUCUCUACCUGCUGCAGGCCCCAGUGCUGCCGCCCCAGCUGCUGCGUGUCCAGCUGCUGCAGGCCCCACUGCUGCCAGCCCACCUGCUGCCGCCCCACCUGCUGUGUGUCCAGCUGCUGCAGGCCCCAGUGCUGCCAGCCCAUCUGCUGCAGGCCCUGCUGCCGCCCCUCCUGUGGGAGCUCCAGCUGCUGUGGCUCUGGCUGCUGCCGCCGCUGCUGGUCCUGCUGCCUGCGCCCCCCGUGUGGCCAGGUCUCCUGCCACACCUCUUGCUACCGCCCCACCUGUGUCAUCUCCACCUGCCCCCGCCCCAUGUGCUGCGCCAUCCCCUGCUGCUGA